AUGAAUCCGCCGCCUCAGAUAUUUGGGGGCUACAGCGAACAUGGCCUUCCAAUCCAGCAACUGCCGCCGGACCUGAUGGCUGCACAGAUGUUUGGAGACCAUGGGUUGCUGGAGGACACAAACGAAGCGAAGAGGAGGAGGAUUGCGAGGGCAUGUGACAUGUGCAGGAAGAAGAAGAUCAAGUGCGACGGCAAGCUACCGGCUUGCACACAUUGUACCAACUACAAAACCGACUGUGUCUUCACGCAGGUGGAGAAGAAGCGGAGUCCCCCCAAAGGGGCGAAAUACAUUGAGGGACUCGAGAACCGCCUGGGCCGUAUGGAACAUCUGCUUAGGUUAUCAGGCCUGCUGAGCGAGGACGACAAUGGCGCCACCGACCUCGGCACUCUUGAGAAAAAGCUUGCAGAGAAGCAUCAGCAGUCGAGGCAAGCUUCCCAGGCAGCCUCCGACGCUACCUCCCCGCAACCGCCAUCAGCUCAAAAUGGUAGUUUCUCGACGCCGCGCAGCUCACUCGCAUCGCCUGAACCCACCAAGGAUAGCGACAAGUCGAGGGCUGCUACGCCUGAAAAAGGCAGCCACGACGACGAGCGAGAAGAGGUCGCCGAGUUGUCAGAGAUGAUGUGCUCGCUAGUCACCAAUAACAAUGGCGAGACGCGAUAUAUCGGCUCAUCCUCGGGAUUUUCCAUCUUCUCGCCCAAGGGCGUGCAGUGGGUCAACGAGAAAAUGGGAGACACGUCGUUCCAGCAAAUGAUUUCGGACGUCUCGAUUGACGACCACAAGUGGACCGCUUGGAAACCCGACGUCUUUGGCGAUCUCUUCCGCCGCACCAUCUUCAGGGACCUGCCCUCAAAGCCAGAGGCGCUGUCGUUGCUCAAGGAUUACUUUGAGAACUUUAACUGCAUGUUCCCGCUUUUUCACCAGCCAACCUUCAUGCACUUGGUCGAGAGACAGUACUCGAACGACCCGUACACCGGAUCCGGGUGGUGGGCGAGCUUGAACGUGGCUCUGGCCAUCGCACACCGCCUCCGCGUGAUGAGCAACCUGGUUCCCCAAGAAGAGGAUGACAAGGCUUGGGCAUACAUGAAGAAUGCCAUGGCCGUAUUCCCCGAGCUGACGAUGCGGAACACCGACCUUCUGAGCGUCCAGGCGCUGCUGGGCAUGUCGCUGUUUAUGCAAGGGACGCCUAACCCGCAGCCGUCUUUUCUGCUCAUUGCCACAGCGAUCCGGCUCUCGCAUACCAUCGGCCUCCACAAACGCGGGACGGGAUUCAACCUGAAUCCCGUCGAGAUUGAACAGCGCAAGAGGGUGUUCUGGAUCGCUUACAUGCUGGACAAGGACUUGUGCCUCCGGUCCGGGCGGCCACCAGCUCAAGACGACGACGACAUGAAUGUGGAGCUUCCUGACGAGGAUCCCGCAGACGGUAUCGGCAACAUCCCGUUGGCGGACGGGAAAGGCAAGAUGAAUCUGUUUAGGGUCAUGUGUGAGCUUGCCAUCGUCGAAAGCAAGGUGUACAAGAGGCUUUACUCGACAAAGGCAACCAAGCAAUCGGUUGGUGAGCUGCUGAACACGAUUGGGGAACUCGAUAAGGAGCUGGAAGAUUGGAAGGACCGCAUUCCGAUCGAUUUCCGCCCAGAGCACGAAAUCAAGGCUUCCCACACGCCCCUCAUCCUUCACAUUGUCAUGUUACAUUUCAACUACUAUAACUGCCUCACCACCAUCCACCGCAUGUCGACCCAGCACGGCUACUGGACUAGUCGACUCUCCGACUACGCCAUCCAGGGACUCAACGCUAGGCCACUGAAUCCUAGAAUCUUCUCUUCGACGGCACUGUGCACAUCCGCUGCUAGGGCUUCGAUAUCCCUGCUCAAAUACAUACCGCAGGGCGACUUCUCCUGUGUCUGGAUGGUGUUGUAUUUCCCUGUCUCAGCACUCGUAACUUUGUUUGGGAAUAUCCUACAGAACCCCCUCGACCCACGAGCGCGCUCCGACACAAAACUAAUGAACGUGGUCGUCAACUUCCUGUCGAUGCUUGGACAUGAGGCGGAGACGGGGGGUGUCCACCGCAUGCUCGGUGUGUGCUCUGAAUUUGAGCGGAUCGCCAGGGUCGUGAUCGAAAAGACGGAGAAAGAGCAUGCGUCGCGGCGGAAGCGGAAGAACCAUGACCAGGUGGCCAACAACAAGCUUACGGCCACCUCCGAUAGCACCACCACGGCAGACCAGUCCCCAUCCUUCAACCCGCACCCCGUACCUCCAACAUCACGACCCACCACCGCGAGCUCCGCGACCCCUCAAGCGAGCGGAUUUCAAACCACCAACAACCAGCAGCAACACCUCUCCCCGCCAGCCAAUGACCGUCGAUCCCCGCCAAAUGCGCACAACUACAGCCCCAUGACGGGCACGAUGAGCCAGUCGCCCUCGCCGGGCCUGGCGCCGACGGGGUGGCACAACGACUUCACACCCGACAGCUCAGAUUAUAACGCCUACGCGGACAUGGCGGCUUUUGGAGCCAUGGACGGAAUCAGCGCGAUGACGGGAAUGGGGCCCGGCGGGCUAGGCAGCCCGCCGCUUGCUGCUGCGGGAACCGCCGGAGGAGGAGGAGGAGCAGGCGUCGCUGUAUUCCAGCAGCCGAUCCUCCCGCAAGAUCUGUUUAGCUUGCCGAUGACGCUGGACUGGAACUGGGCCGAGAUGAGUGGCGGUGCCUAUCCGAGCGUGGAGAAUGGGAACUUUGGGGAUGGGAAUGUCGGCGGCCAUGGCCGGGAUGGUGGGCUCAAUCCUCAGGGGAGGUGA